UUUGCCUGUGUGUGUGGUUUUUUUUCCCCUGUUAGGUCUGACCCAGCUCAGCAACCUGCUCCCGGGGCCCCCGAGGGGGGAGCCCCUGGUGGAGGCCCCCCCGGGCCACCCCCCAAUCUGAGCAGUAACCGCCGGCUGCAGCAGACGCAGGCCCAAGUGGAGGAGGUGGUUGAUAUAAUGCGUGUAAAUGUAGACAAGGUGCUGGAACGAGACCAGAAACUGUCAGAGCUAGAUGAUCGGGCAGAUGCACUUCAGGCUGGUGCCUCACAGUUUGAAAGUAGUGCGGCAAAACUCAAAAGGAAGUACUGGUGGAAGAACUGCAAGAUGAUGAUCAUGAUGGGAGUGAUUUGUGCCAUUGUGGUGGUGGUGAUUGUAAUCUACUUUUUUACUUGAAUGUAGCUCCUUCAGUCUGCAGCCUACUGUCCCCUGUCACCUUGCCUGUCUCUUCUUGCCCCUGAAUCUUUCCUUCCCUCCCCUUCCACCUAGCUUCUUCAUUGAUUUCUUUAUUGGUUUUAAUUUGUCUUCUGUAUAGGACUCUGAAGCGCUCUAUUGAACAUGGUUAGACUCUUCAACAGCUGCUGCAGCUUUAGGGAUGGUCAUCUGGGUUUAGAGGAAAGGGAAGGAGAGGAGGAGUGGGUAGCUAACGCUCCUGCUCUUCUGCAGGGAAUUUUUGUGGCUUGUUUUUUGGAUGUCAGCUUGUCAAAUAGUGCCUGUGCGGACUCUAGCAAAAUAAGAAUGCCUUAAUGCGGUGCCUUUGGGGAUGAAGGACUUCAGCAUGUGAGAUUCUUUAGUAUUCUGCCUAAAAAGAGUGGCAGCAUGACUUAAGCUUUUCAUUGAGCUUCUGAAAUAAAGGCUAGCUUGUGGUGGUCAGUGGCUGCGAGCCAUCUGACUGAGCUAGGUAUAGUCAUCUAGAUUUCUCUAGCCAUGGAGAGACGAGCACUUAAAGAAACAACUUAUUCUGCCUGUCCUUAUUUUCAGAUAACUUGCUGUCUGAACAUGGCCAUUUCAGUUGUUAUAAAGGAGAACCUACAUGAUUACCUCAGUCAAGUGCAACAGACUAAGGAGUUUUGUAACUAUCUAGAAGGCACAUGUGGGAGUAAAAUCUCCUACCGGAAUGAACAAAAGAACAACAGUAAGGAGUCUGGAGGGGGGGAGGUGUCAAAUGUUCCUUACAUCUAUGCAGACACAAGCCAGGACCCUGUGGCUUUCUACCAGCUUGUAGCUUUCUGGAAGACGUUGGGGUAGUGGUAGAGUGGGAAUGUUCUGCUUUUGUGUUACUGGGUUGAAUGUCAAAGGAAGCCCACUAUGUAGCAGAUGGAGGUGAAGGUGGCUGGAGGUAUUCCAGAUGAGACUGAAUAAUUCACAUAGCUUUCUGAUUAUGAAUACCUGUUCUGUUUCUGCUACUACAAAGUCCUAGCAUGCAGCAGGAAUUAAAAAAUACUUGGAAUGGUUAGCUAGGGAUUCAAAGGGAAAUGGUGCUCUGGGCAUGGGUAUUGCAGAGUGACAUCAGAUGUCCCAGUUUGGCAGCUUAGAUCUCUAGAGAUCUUGCCUAUCAAACUGAAAUCUUCUGACUUGCUAUGGGUUUUCUUGAAUUUAGAUCCAAAAUGGUCUCUGCUGGAAGUAAACUUGCAGCAUGGAAUGCUGUGGCUUUCUGUAAGCAAUCCCCUUGUUCUCCUCCUUCAAAAAUAACAAGAGCUGUGAGUUGCUUGAGUGUGUUGUCAAACCUGGGGUUAAAUGAGCUGCUCUGUUCCUCAGUUUCUGCAGAGUCUUCUGAGGAAAGUGCAUCUUGUCUUUUCUUACAAGCUGAGCUGUAGCCUGUAAUCUAGACUGGAAAGAAGGCACUUCUUUAAUUUAGGAAGCUCUACCUCGGUUCUAGGAUACACUGUGAUCUGUCUAAGCUAUAGAGGAUGUGAGGUGGCAGGGGAAAACGUCACUGGAGUUCCCAGGUGGGAGUGAAGUACAAAAGCUGGGAGGAGCAGAAGCUUGUUUCAUGGAAUGUGCCAGGGAAGCCCCUUUCCUCCUCACAGGGCAUCUGGGAAGGGGCUAGGUUUUGCAUGCUCACUUCCAUGCCCCAGCAUUUCAUUUGCGCUGAGUUCAUCUCCCUGCAAUUCCAUCCCUCUCCACCUUGGGUGAGGGCAGAGAUGAAGAUCUGGAGUGAAGCAGCCCUCGUCCCCUGAGCACUUCCCUAAUUCCCUGUGGAACUGAGAUGUGAUGGACGGUCAGAAGUGCAUCUACUGAAGAGGAGCCAGGGCCUGCUUGUACUACUUACUGCUAUCAUUUUAGGGGGUGGGCAUACAAGCUUGAGGCCCCCAGACCAGCAAUUCUCUUGAACUCUUCUAAACAAGCCUUUGGUGCCCCAUUCCUCCUGUUCCUCUGGGGGCUGAGGUCCCCCUAGGCUGUCUCUUCCAUUUCUUUCUCUUAGAUGUUGUAUGUUGCCUCUUUUGUUCCCUUUCCUCUCCUUUGUGUCUCUAUGCAUGGGCAAGAAAAAUCACCAAGGCCCUCUGAGUAAAAGCAAGGGACUCUGCUGUCCACAGCAUUAUAGCCACUCACGCACGUGCAGUUUAUUUCCUUCCUCUAUAAACACAACUGUAAUCUCUGGCAUGUUAUAGUAACCAGCUCAUGUACUUUAAAUGGUCUCUAAGAAACACAAUUCACCACCUUA